AUGGCUUCCCAUAUAUACGCGACCAGCCUCUCAUACCUGCCAAAAGGACUCGAGCCGAGCAAAAAGGGAGUAGACGUCGCCAGCCAGCCGUCCGCCAUGGACACGGACGACUUCCAAGCGGUGCUGGAGAGGAUGCUCCAGCUGCGCCUGGAUUGCCCGCCGGACGGCGACGGGGUCACCGCUCCUCCGUACGCCCCGGCGCAGCCCGCCGCCGCAGACGACGACCAUGCAAAAGUAAAACAAUCGGCGGCUGAAUGGACGGAGGUCCUGGUGGGCGAGAUGGCGAGCGCCGCUUCCAUGGACGACGCCCGGCGCCGCGCCGCAAAGAUCCUCGAGGCCUUCGGGGGCGCCGUCUGCACUCGCGCCGCGCGUGUCGUCGCCGAUAAGGACCGGGAGCUGGAAAACAUCCGGCGGCAGAACACCAUCCUGAAGAAGGCGGUGCUGCUCCAGCACCGGCAGCACUUGGAGGACGAGGCGAAGGGCAGGGAGCUCCAGGGCCAGGUCGCCCAGCACCGGGAGCAGGUCCGGCAGCUCGAGGCGGACAAGUAUGUGCUGUCCAUGCACCUCAGGAACGCGGGCGGCGGGGCGUCCAUGCCUGGGAACUUCAACCCGGAGGUUUUCUGA